UUCUCUCCCUCCCUCUGUUCCUAGUGGCAGUGCACUCCAGGCGAGCGCACACUCAGCCUCAACUUGUCAGAGGGAGCAGAACAGAUCGUAUUUCCACAGGACUGUGAGAGUCACACGCCUCUGACUGAAUAACAGGAGAUCAGAGUGGGCGCGACUGCCCUUCACCGCCCGGACUGAGAAGUUGCAUCAGUAACGGAGCUUGUGCCAUGAGGUGAUCCACUUCACAGACCUGUUUUCGUCCAGCCGAGUCUCACCUGUAGACAUGGCGUUGUGUGGGAGUGUGAGAGGUGGGUUCAGGGCCGGCGUAGGAGUGAUGCUCCUGGGGCUCAGCCUGGCCCAGCCCGUCCCUGGACACGCUGCCUGUCCAACAGCCGCCACACCGCUGAACCUCACCCAGCCCGAGUACCAGGACACGGCAGCGGAGGACACCAUCGCGGGUUUCAUGUCAGCCCUGGUCCAGUCCUUCCUGCACACGGUCCAGCCUCGCCCCUUCCCUAAAGAUCUGAUCCUGAACAUAGUCCAGGAUGUUAACCAGAAGCAGCAAUUAGAUCAAGACCUCCUAAAAGAAGUCCUGAUCUACCGAGUGGGUUUCCUGGUGUGUGUGGCCAUCGGCGUCGUGUACAUUGUCCUGAUGCCCCUGGUGGGUUUCUUCCUGGCGUGUUGCCGCUGCUGUGGCAACUGUGGCGGGAAGAUGUACCAGAAGCAGACGUCCUCCACUGACUGUCGCAGAAGAACCCUCUACUGGAGUGCAUUCAUCACCACAGUCAUUAUCCUUGCUGGGAACAUAUGCAUGUUCAGAAGUAACGAAGCGUUCAGGCGGAGCGUGGACGGGGGUGUGGAGGGGAUCAACAAAACUAUAGAGAACAUCCAAGAGUUCCUCUCAGCUGUGCCUCAGCAAGUCAACUUUGUGGUGAACGAGAGCUAUAAAACCGUGCAGGAGGUUAGCAGGAACCUAGAUGCCAUCGGGCCUCAGCUGGGAGCAGAGAUCCAGAAGAGAUUCAGAGGAACUGUAGACCCGGCGCUGCGCUCAGUCAGACUCCUGGACCGAGAAACUGUGAACACGGACAUGGAGCUGAAGAAGCUGAACUCAUCCCUGGUCCAGCUGCAGUCCAGCAUGGACCGCCUCCAGGCAAAUGUCACCGUCGUUAAAAAUCGCAUCAAUCAGACUUUAUCUGAGCCAAACUGCAUCGGCUGCACCAGCAUGUAUGGCGAGCUCCGCAAACUGACACUGGACACCUCCAUCUCUAUUCCCAGCUUGAGCGAGCUCCAGGCGGCCGUGGAUAAAGUCAUCAAAACUGACCUCCAGUCCAAAAUCAAGGAGGUGGAGGACUUUUUCAACAACAUCCCCCAGAGGGUGACCAAUGACACCAAGGAUGUUGUUAAAAACAGCAAGCAGAGAUUGGAUGAAAUAAAAACGCAGGUCGCCCAGGCCACCAAUGAUAUCCCCCUGUCUGCUCUGACCAACGUGUCGAAGACCCUGGAGCAGGUCCAGGGAGAUGUCAUCAAGGUCACGCCAGAGAUCAAGAGAGUCGAGCACAUCAGGUGGGGAGUGUGUGUGGUCCUGUGCUGCGUGGUCCUCCUGGUGGUGGUGUGUUACCUCCUGGGUCUGGUCCUGGGCCCCGCGGGUCUGUCACCUAGAAAGGACCCUGCAAAGCGCUCCUGCACGGCGGACUGCGGAGGCGUCUUCCUCAUGAUGGGCGCCGGCUUCAGCUUCCUCUUCUCCUGGCUGUUCAUGAUCGUGGUGGUGCUGCUGUUCCUGCUGGGAGGCUCGGUUUACAAUCUGCUCUGUCAGCCCUGGAACAACGGGCAGCUGCUGGAGUUUAUUGAUACUCCAGGUUUGAUUCCAGGGUUGGAGAUAGGUCCAGCGUUGGGACUGAAAAGCAACAUCAAUAUCUCUGAUAUCUACAGAGACUGCGAACAAAACCAGCCUCUGUGGACCACGCUGCGCUUGUACGAGGUCAUCAACCUGGACGACCUGCUCAAUGUGUCUAAAUACACGGAUGAGAUCCAGAUGUACUUCGAUAACACAGACAUCACUCUGGCCUCCAUCACUCUCCUGAGCCCUGAUGUCAAAAAACAACUCAGCAGCCUCUCCACCUCCGCUGAAGACUUCAACUCCACCGCUGUCACACAGCAGAUUAACAACAUUUCCAGCAUCAAUCUGAACACAACAGCAGACAGCCUUGACAAGCUCGCUGACGCUCAGAACAACAAUGCUAUUCGAUCGGCGCUCAGAUCCGAGGCCAUGGACCUGAGGAAGAUCCAGUCAGACAUACAAACAACUAUCAACCCACAACUGGAAAGCAUCAACUCCACCGUCAUGGACCUUCAGGCCGUUUUCCAGAAUAUCACCGGAACGGUGGGGGAGGUGCUGGGCAACGUGGAGGCAGCACAAGACUUCCUCAACACAAAUACGACACAGAUCGUGGAGACCGAGAGUAGAAAGUUCGUGGACUGUCAGAUGGGUUACUUCAUUGUUUAUGCGGACUGGGCCGACCUCACGAUCACGCAGCAGGUGGGCCGGUGUAGGCCGGUGGCAGGAGCUGUGGACUCUGUUGAGAUUAUCGUCUGCUCACACCUGGUGGAGUCUCUGAAUGCGUUCUGGUUCAGUCUGGGCUGGUGCAUCAUCUUCUUCAUCCCUGGGAUCAUCUUUUCUAUCAAGCUAGCCAAGUACUACAGGAGAAUGAAAUACUCUGAUGUCUAUGACGACCGCAUAAUCAUGAACCCCAUCCCACGGCCCCAGAUGAAAUUCACCUGAGAAGACGGCACAUGUGCGAUACAUCUUUAAAGGGCUGCAGGCACAACUGGGGUACGGCUUGACAACAUAAAAACACAUGGUGCGCUCCUGCACAGAUGUGGCAUAUGGUCACUCUGGUGGAGAGUCUCAAAUUGAGAAAAAAAAGGAGAUGACCUAUUUAAGUCCUUUCCAAAUGCCAGUGAGGUGGAGAAGCAAAGCUGAGCGCCUGCAGACGUCAUACGAUACAUUUCAUGCACCACACGCAGCAUCUUUGAGUUGACCUCAGGGGGGACACAGGGUGUAAGGGAAUCUGCAGGGAUUUUUCAUCAUUUUUAAAUACAUUUUCAAAGAUAUUUGUGACAUUUAAUGUAUAAAUUUAAUUAUUUUUAUCUAUUUAAUAGAUGAACAAUGAGCUGCUGCUGAAUUCUGAGGGAAAAAAAAAAAUCAGACGCCAUUUCAAACUGUAAAGCUAAUUUUUGUUGAGAGUCCAUCACAUUUAUAUAUUUAGUCCCGUUAGUGUGCGGUGCUCUCAGAGACUGCAGCAGUGUGUUACCGUGCCAACAGGCACUUGUGAUGUGCCAGCUUCUGUCUGCAUACUGCCGCGGUUUUGGGAACCAGAUUCCAAAUGGGAAUGUAUUUUUUUUAAAAUUAAAUUCUUGAUUAAACUUUGCACUAAUAUUAGAAAUCAAAGCACAAUUUCAAUCACAAUUUCCUGUAUGAGUCAUGAAAUGAAUACAUGAUUUGUGUGUGCCAGAUACGACUGAUUUGAGAUUACUGCUGUUCGUUUGUUACAGAAUGUCACUGUCAAGUGUUUUGUUUCCAGUUCCAGACAGAUGUGUUUUUGUACAAAGUUGACCUUGAUGUGAUUCUUGAUUCAACAUGAUGAUUUUUAUACUUUGUGCCCUUUGUACUCUGGUAGAGUGUGUUUUAUCUUACUGUCCUGCGGCACUUUACACGUUCUGUUUGUUCAAUGUGAUCAAAAAGUUGUGAGCUUUUGUGAAAACUACUGCCAGUAAAAAAACUGAAGCUGAUCAACAACUGCA